AUGAAGCCACCGCACCUGGAAAUGAGGAAUUUGGGAGUUAUAUUUCCAGCGUUCACACGAGUGGUACAUGAUGAUGGGGUAGCAGAAACUGUAGACAAAGAUUGCGGUGUCGAGGCAGAAGGUGAUGAAGAGCUCGAGUUCUGGGCUCAGCUAACAUCACUCGGUAUUGUCUGCAAUUGGUUAGUUGUCAUUGCAAUCAGUGGCAAUAGAUCGUUGAAUCACUCGUUCUCCCUGCUCACCGCCACUCAGGCUGCCGCGAAUGGUGUCUUUUCAGUACUUUAUUUGGGUUACGUGGCUCCUAUGAUGAUUCUGGACCUGAAAGUGCUGAAAGACAACUCAGAGCAUGUCGGAUUCCUGUUAAUUAUCUGUUAUGAUAUAUCCAUUCAAACGCAUGUGCUAAUUACUGUCAAUCGGUUUUGUGCCGUGUUUUUGCCGGUGGUUUACAAGAACUUGUUCAACCCAACCGAGACGCUGAGUCAGACCGCCACCGAUUUCACCACUUCUGACGAUGUUGGAAGCAAGGCUAAGCUGAAGCAUGCUCGAGUACCAUGUCGCGCCUAUUACAAUGACGACUGGCUCGGGUUCGGGUACACCGAUCUAGAAAUCUGUGCGGAUUAUAACACGUUUGGAGAUAUGGGAAAGCUUAGCUCGAUGUGUGUUUUUAAUGUGGUAGUGGAUACGGUAACUAUCUGGAAAGUGAGAAGGAUACGGAGUGCUCAGGGGAUGAAGAAGUUCCAAAAGAAGGAGAUUGACUUUUUGAAACAGUCCUUCGGCCAAGCCAUCUAUCUAAUCAUCUGUAUCCCCGCUUUAUACAUCAUUCCUAUGUUUACCACAAGCCGAAUAUCACUAUUCAUCAUGGGAUCCCUAUUCUGGCCUACGAUUCACACAUUUGAUGACGUGGAGGAGGGGAAGCCUAGAAAAACCGAUUUUGACAAAGGCUUAUACAAGACGUGCUGUGAAAAAAAUUACUACUGCGAGGUGUGGGCGCAAGCCUGGUUCUGGUACACCAUCGGCGGUGUGAUUCUUCUUCUGAUUCUCCUUUCGGUCGCCGGAUGUGUCUAUUGCUGUUGCUGCAGGGGACGCGGUUCUGGUGGAGCUGAUAAGGAAACAAAUUCAGAAGAGAAGGUGGAGAAUCAUGAGGAUCUGUCGGAGGUGGAUUCAUCGGAGUCUUCAUGUGAAUCGGAUUGA